AUGCCCUUUUCCCACCACAGUCAUUCCGGGCAGUUUUGCCCCGGCCACGCAGUCGACUCUCUGGAAGGGGUUAUCCAAACGGCAAUUCAAAAGGGAAUGAGAGUAUUCUGUCUCACGGAGCAUAUGCCCAGGGACAGUGAAGAUCUGUACCCGGAUGAGCCCAAAACAAACACUCUCGAGGUCAUGUGGGAGAAUGAGGCUGCAUAUUUCAAAGAAGCUACCCGGCUACGAGAGAAAUAUCAGUCUCAGAUCAACAUUCCAAUCGGGUUCGAGUGUGAUUGGAUUCGGCCUUCGUCGUUGGACUUGAUUGAGACAUCUUUGAACAACCACCCUUUUGACUUUUUCAUGGGCUCUGUUCAUCAUGUUCACACGAUCCCAAUCGACUUUGACAAGGAAUUUUAUAGAAAAGCAAGAAAGGUAGCAGGCGGGACAGACGAACAACUUUUCGAAGACUACUUCGAUAGCCAAUAUAAGCUACUAACGGCUCUAAAACCUCCGGUUAUUGGGCACUUUGAUCUCAUCCGCCUCAUGAGCGACGAUCCAAACCGGAGCUUUAAGCAAUGGCCCCAAGUUUGGGAAAAAAUUCUGAGGAACCUUGAUUUCAUCGCCGAAUAUGGCGGGAUUUUGGAGCUCAACUCUGCCAGUCUGCGCAAGGGAAUGAGCGAGCCAUACCCAAAAGCCGAAAUCUGCAAAGAGUUCCUCGCUAGAAACGGCCGGUUCUGUCUGUCAGACGAUAGCCAUGGGAUACAUCAUGUGGCAUUGAAUUACAAACGAGUUCUUGAUUUCCUCGACGUUGCUGGUAUAACCACAAUCCAUUACCUGAGCUACGAGCCCGAUUCAGCAGCUCCAGUGUUCGACUCCCGCUUCCCCCACUUGAAGGUUAAUUCGAUAGGCGUUGAAGAUUUAAAAAAUGAACAGUUCUGGAAUUUAUGUGCCUAA